GGCAGGGCGGGCGGGGCCGGGAGGCGGGGACGCUCGGGCGGGAGGCGGUGGCAGCCCCGCCAGCACAGGAAGUCGCCCAGCCGCGAGAGGAGGCAGGAGGCGGAGCUGUACCGCUCGGCCCGAGGACUUGAUAUCUGUCUUCAUGGAAGCUGUGAAGAUGUAAGCCUACUUCAGAUGCAAGCAGCUGAGUUCCUGAAUUCAAUUACUACAUCACCUUGAGUGAACAGGAUUAUUGUCCAUAAAAACAGACUUCAGCAAAAGUGAUUUUUGGAUUGAAAACCAUGGGUAGAAAAGAUGCUUCUACAGCAAGAACUCCUGUUGACCAGUACAGGAAACAAAUAGGAAAACAAGAUUAUAAGAAAACCAGGCCUAUGUUAAGAGCUACAAGAUUAAAAGCAGAGGCCAAGAAAACUGCACUAGGCGUAAAGGAAGUUGCACUUGUCCUUGCAGCUAUACUGGUAUUUUUGUUGGCUUUCUAUGCUUUCUUUUAUCUUAACAUUUCCAAUGAAGUUGACCUUGAUCUGGAUCCAGAUGAAAACUAGCAGAUGCAAUGAAUCUAUCAUCAAGAUUUCUUCAGCUUCACCAAGACUACGUAGGAACACACAGUCCCUUCACUGUGAGACAGUAAAUGAUACCAUUUCUUGCAGUCCAAAUUCAUAAGAAAGUUUUGCAAUACGUCAGUCAGUCACUUUUACAUUCCAGAUCUCCAAAAUAAGAGAACACUUAUGCCAGGCAAGUGUAUUCAGUUAACAGGAAAGCCAGGAGCAUCCCUACAAUACAUGAAGUUUGUUGUUUACGUUAUUUGUUUUCUCAGGCAGAGAACUUUGAUGUCAAAAGACAGGUGCUAUUAUUAUCCUGGGUAUUGAUGCUGACUUCACAGGAGGAGAGUCUGCCUUGACUAAAUUUAGGAAUCAAAGCUUCCUAAUAGCCAAAUUAGUUUCCUUUUCCUUUCCCAAAAGAAGCAGAAAUGCCAAAUAAAAAGUCUUGUCUUGAUUUGUAUUUAAAAUAUACCAAAAAUCCCCCUCAUCCUUUCUCUCCCUUUUAAUCUUUUUUUGUGCAUGUGUGCACACACGCGCUUACGAAGAUGGAAGAAAUUGUAGGGAAAAAAUAUCUUUUUAGAAGCAGUCUGUCACCUCCUAUAUGGACUUAAUUUUUAUGUCAUCCCAGAUUCUGUGUGCCUAUAUAUCUGCAGUAAUCUUUUUCAUUCUUUUGCCAACUGUUCAGCACACAUGUGUUCUGUCAGAAAUGGCACCUGGAUGACAGAAGCUCUAACAUUCACAUAUGCCUCUGAAAUACAGUUCUUUGCCUCCUGUGCUGUCUGAACUAGUGUAAAUAGAAAGUUCAGUCGAUGUUGGUUUUAAUUAGUGUAUUGCUCUAUUAUUAAUAUAAAGUCAAAAUCAUAUAUUAA